AUGUUUUUCACGCAUGUUUCUCGCGGUUAUCCCAGGGCGCUUUUAGACGACUUCACGGCGGCCAAAGCGGCAUUCCCGGGGAACCCCCUGAUCAAGUGCAUUCUGGAGGCGCUUUUGUUCUCCCGGAAGGGGCUGCAGAUGGAUCCGGUUCAGUUCAUGCCUCAGCUUCUAGGGCGCCUGGAGGACAACGAGACAACAGCCGAGUUCAAGCAGCGCUUACGUGAAUAUAGCUCAAAAGUGUGGUUCGAGCCCGAUGUCAACAUCCUGGAGCGUCCCGGGGGUCAACUGCUUCACGGCAUCCACGUGCACACGUCCGAAAUUUACAUGAUGACGAUUACGUCAUAUGGACAUUAUGUAAUCACAGGACGUGUUCCACUGGGCCACCAGGAUGCGUUGUUCGUGACCGGCAGUGCGGGAGAGGACUCGCCCAACAUAGUCGGCGUGUAUGAUGUCGGCAGACUGGAAUACCGCGCCAUCCGAGAACUUGAGGUGGCCUGCAAUGCAAACAUGAGGUUUUACGAAGGAGACAACAGAUCAGUGAUCAUGGAAAUUUACGAUAAGUUUUACUUGUUUGACCUUGAAAAGAUGGACGUCGGCAUCGUGUUUCCGGGUCGAGUAGUCGAUACACGAGUGUGUAUCUUGACCAAACGGAAGCAACUCCUCGUGACGUCACGUUUUGGCAAGAACGUGAAACUGUACAACAUCACAAAAUGCUGCAUUGACGCCAUAAUAAAAACUGGACACAAGAAGGAGAUCUACCAAGUUGUGGUGAACGAUCCGGGAAGGCUUGCUGCAGUGACGGUAGUUUUUGGACCUGUAGUGUUGAUGGACCUUGUCACUCCCUCUCGCAUGUAUGAGAUCUCAAACAGUACGUUCAGCAGAUGCGAAAGUAUCUUUACCUCUCAGAAUUAA